AUGAAUGAUGAAUUACCCUUAUGCAGAAUUAAAGGGACAAGUUACAAUGUAAUAGUGCAGAAUGAGGACAACCUGGAACUCUCAUUCAUGAGAAUUUGGAAUCCCUCUGUUGAUGGCAAGCUUGUUCCUUUGAACAUUGACUUGAGGUAUGUUUUGCUGCGCAAUUCGUCGGGUUUCUACACCUACGCCAUCUUCGAACACUUGAAGGAAUGGCCUGCUUUCAGCUUUGGUGUUGCCAGGCUUGUAUUCAUACUUUCGAAGGACAAGUUUCGUUAUAUGGCCAUAUCCGACGAAAGGCAGCGUGACAUGCCACUCCCUGAAGAUCGAGCACCAGAUAGAGCAGAGUCCCUAGCUUAUAAAGAAGCUGUGAAACUUCUCAAACCCAUGGAGCAUGAGUUUGAAGGAGAGGUGGAUGACAAGUACCAAUAUUCAGUGGAAAGCAAAGACCUUAAGGUGCAUGGGUGGAUAUCUACAGAUGAGCGAGCAACUGGGUUCUGGCAAAUUACACCCAGCAAUGAGUAUCGAUCAGGCGGACCCCUCAAACAAGAGCUUACCUCCCAUGUGGGUCCAACAUGCCUUACAGUAUUUCUGAGUCAACAUUAUGUUGGAGAUGCUUUGGAAGUAAAAGUGAUAGCCAAUGAACCAUGGAAGAAAGUUUAUGGUCCUGUUUUUAUAUAUCUUAAUUCUGCCUUAACUCGUGACGCCAAAUCUCAGCUUUGGCAAGAUGCUAAAAGACAGAUGAAAACUGAAGUUCAAAGCUGGCCCUACGGUUUCCCAGCAUCAGAAGAUUUUCCAAAACGAAGUCAAAGGGGAAGUGUCACUGGCAGAUUAUCAGUCCUAGAUGGAUUUGUUAAUAGCGCCCCAAUACCUGCGAGGGAUGCUUACGUUGGGUUGGCACUACCAGGAAAUGCUGGUUCUUGGCAAGCGGAAAGCAAGGGUUACCAAUUCUGGACUGUAACAAAUGAUGAAGGCAUUUUUGCAAUCACUGGUGUAAGGCCUGGUACCUACAAUCUUUAUGCAUGGGUUCCUGGCUUCAUUGGAGAUUAUGUAUAUAAUGCUGCGAUCAAUGUAACUGCAGAUUCUCCUGUUGAAGUUGGCAAUCUUGUAUAUGAACCUCCCAGGGAUGGCCCAACAUUGUGGGAAAUAGGUAUCCCUGACCGGUCUGCGGCAGAAUUCUUUAUUCCUGAUCCUAACCCCAACUAUAUCAACAAGCUUUACGUCAAUGAUAACAAUAACAAAUUUAGGCAAUACGGGCUGUGGGAAAGAUAUGCAGAGUUGUAUCCAAAUGGAGAUUUGGUCUAUGAUGUUAGCACUAGUGACUACAGAAAAGAUUGGUUUUUUGCUCAAGUUACCAGGCGUGUUGGUAACAAUUUUGAAGCAACUAAUUGGAAAAUCAAGUUCAGACUAGACAGAGUGGAUAGGUCCAAAACCUAUAAACUAAGAGUGGCACUAGCAAGUGAAAGCCUGUCUGAUUUGCAGGUUCGGAUUAAUGAUGAAAACUCAAAUCUUCCUAUGUUUUCAACUGGAGUUAUUGGGAAGGAUAAUGCCAUUGCAAGACAUGGAAUUCAUGGACUCUACUACCUGUUCAACUUUGAUGUGCCAGGCACUUCACUUGUGGCAGGGGAUAAUACCAUUUUUCUGAGACAACGACGUGGUGGAAGCCUUUUCAUUGGUAUCAUGUAUGACUAUAUUCGCUUCGAAGGUCCUCCAUCGUAGAUUGCAUUUAGUAUACUUUGAUUCGUACUCUGAAAAAUUACAGGUACAGUAAAAUAUCAACUACUAAAUUAACAUAAACCAGCUAUGCAUUGUUUUAAAUAGUGAGAGUUGAUCAUCUUCCAUAUAUAUCUACCAAAUUUGCUCA